AAAUGACAACGAAGAGAGAGAGAGAGAGAGAGAAUAUCAACUUCUCAGUUUGAGUGACUUGUGGGGGGUUAUAUCUACUUUUUGCCCUUUUCUCUGCUAUCAUCCUAAUCUCCUGUUUCAUUCCUGUAAAAUUAGGGUUUGAGUUCGAUCUUUUUGGGACCAUCAUGGCAUCAUCCAACGAAGAAGAAGCUGGCGAGUUUCAAGACUGGGAGGUGCUCCACAAAUCGGACGAUACAGGCCUGGUUAACUCGUCAUACUCGGUUGAGAACCUCAAGGGUUUGGAGGAAAUCGGGAGUGACUCCGAAGGUAUGAUUCGCUCCGAUUACUUCUCUCUAGAUUCCCAUAGAAAGUACGUGAGGUCUGUUCCGGAGGCUGAUGUGAGUGAGGGAGGUUCCGUUGAGUCCGACAAUCCGAGUUGGAUUGAUCCCGGGACGGAGACGCGGUAUCCGAGGAAGGAGUCGGCCGAGUUUUGGUCCGAUUCCGGUAGUGAUCGGUCUGAAGAUCGUAAAUUUGGUGAGUUUGAUGCUAAAAACGAACUGGGUUUUGUUGAAAAUGAAAAAGUUCAAGUGGGUCUCAAAGAGAUUGGAGAAAUCGAGACCCAUAGUGAAAAUUCCGGGAAAUACUGGUCUGAUUCGGGUGGAAUCAUUCCGAUUGAAAUGAGAUUUGAGGACUUGGAGAAGGACAGUGAGAUGGGUAUUGGUUAUUAUGCUAAUUCACAAGAGGGGCCGGAGCUUGCAGGCGAAGAAAAGGGUGACGGCGGAGAUGAUAAUUCGGUUGGGAAUAAAGAUGUUGCGAUUGUACCAGUGAAAUCGAGUGGAACGGAAGAGAAGAGGAGUGUGGUGUGGUGGAAGCUUCCAUUGGAGUUCUUGAAGUAUUGUGUCUUCAGGGUUAGCCCUGUAUGGACUUUCUCUGUGGCAGCAGCUGUGAUGGGCUUUGUUAUUCUGGGACGCAGAUUAUAUAAGAUGAAACAGAAGUCUCGAAGCUUGCAGCUGAAGGUUACUGUGGAUGAUAAGAAGGUAUCUCAGUUCAUGAGCCGUGCUGCUCGUCUUAAUGAAGCAUUCUCGGUAGUGAAGAGGGUCCCUAUCAUUCGACCAUCACUGCCAGCAGCUGGAGUGACUCCAUGGCCUUCUGUGAUGAGUUUGAGAUGAAAGUCAUACUGUGAAAUAGUUAGGAGCGAGCAGCGUGUUCAUGAGGUAAAUCUAAUAUUAUAUAGUUUUCAUGUAUUUGCUUGUAUAAUGUGUGUUCCAGCUUCCUUCAUGUGUGGACCUUGAAGUCUCCAAAAGACCUUUUAUAUAUCUUUUAAAGUUUGUGUACAAACUCUGGAUGAAAUCUCUUUCAGUCCCUGAUAUUUCUUUUUCAUUUUUAUACUUCUUGGGUCCAACUGGUAUAGCCACCCACCUACCACAACUUUCUUUGUAUGAAGAAGAUGGAUAAACCGAAGAAAUUUAUUUUGUGUGUAAUAUUUAUAUCUCUUGGUCUUCACGGA